AUGUUCCUCCGCACCGCAAUCCGUCUCCCCGCCAAAUCCUCUCUCCCUCUCCGCGCUUUCUCAACCCGCGCGGCCCUCCUCUCCGACAAGCCUCCCUUCGCAUUUGCCAGCGGUCCGGCUCCUCCGCGUCUCCCUAAAGAGGAGCAAGAAAUCUUCGAAGAGCUUCAGCGCAAGUCUACCGGCGCCUUCAGCACCCCGCAGAUCAACCAAUCGCCCGACUCAGAGCCCGCAGUGGCAGCCGAGAUCAACGCCACCGGCAAGGGCGAGGAGCUUCAUCCCGAUGUGAAGUACGGAGUGAAGCCUGAGUUUGAAGGAGAGAAGAACCCCAAGACUGGUGAGAUUGGUGGACCGAAGAAUGAGCCUCUGAGGUGGGGUGCUGAGGGUGACUGGAGCUACGGUGGACGGGUUACGGAUUUCUAG